UCCCCGACAGCUGAUUGGGGGCGGUGGCGCUGGAACAAGAGGCGCUCAACCUAUAGGGCUGCCCCCACCCCUUCCUACACCGCUCGGCGAGAACAGGGAGGGCAGACAGAAGGAAGGCAGAGAAACAGGGGAGGCGUUUUUCUUUAAAGGCUAUUACACCAGCAGAAGGGUCAGUCCGGGGAAUAUACACGUAUAUAUACACCCGCCUGCUUGCAUGCUCAGGAAGUACUCUGGCUAGUCCAAGCCCACUUUCGAGGCGUUUGUAGAGAAAAGCCGCAGGACUGAGGGAGGCAGAAAGGGGCAAUUCCAGGAGAGGAAGGCAAAAAGCGAAGUUCCCACGGCUGGUGCCACCGCUUCGGCAAAGAGGCAUCCGUAGAGGGCAAGCAAGCUGGACGAAGGAGGGCAAGCAGUUCAAGCCACGUGUUCUCAUCCAACAGAAAACAUGAAGCAGCAGCACUGACCUGACGGGCCAUCCUGGUGCUGCCAGCGAUGGGUUGUGUGCAAUGCAAAAGGAAGAGGCCAAAUAAAAACCAGAGCAACGGGAGCGAUGGGGCAGCCAACCCACCCCCCACCUCCUGCUACGAUCCCGAUCCCAUCCAGCAGAACACCUCCACCACGUUCACGCGCAUCCCCGACUUCAACAACUUCCCAGGGACAUCUGGGCCUUCGACUCCUGCCUUCAUAGGGACCCCUGGCCUGUAUCCCACGCCCUCCCUGCACAUGCACGGAGCUGGGAUUGCAGGUGGAGGAGUGACCCUUUUUGUUGCCUUGUACGAUUACGAAGCCAGAACGGAGGAUGACCUCACAUUUAAGAAAGGAGAGAAAUUCCACAUUAUCAACAAUACGGAAGGUGACUGGUGGGAGGCAAGAUCUCUGAACACAGGAUCCACAGGCUACAUCCCCAGCAAUUACGUGGCACCCGUGGACUCCAUCCAGGCGGAAGAGUGGUACUUUGGGAAAAUUGGCCGCAAAGAUGCUGAGAGGCAGCUUCUGUGCCAUGGCAACCCCCAGGGGACCUUCCUUAUCCGCGAGAGCGAGACUACCAAAGGUGCCUACUCACUGUCUAUUCGUGACUGGGAUGAAGUGAAGGGUGACCACGUCAAGCAUUAUAAGAUCCGGAAGCUGGACAACGGCGGCUAUUACAUCACCACUCGGGCCCAGUUUGAGACUGUGCAGCAACUGGUUCAGCAUUAUAUAGAGAGAGCUGCAGGGCUGUGCUGCCGCCUGGCUGUGCCAUGCCACAAGGGGAUGCCCAAGCUGGCGGACCUGUCCGUCAAAACCAAAGAUGUUUGGGAGAUCCCGCGCGAAUCGCUACAGCUCAUCAAGAAACUGGGCAACGGGCAGUUUGGGGAAGUGUGGAUGGGCACUUGGAACGGCACCACGAAAGUAGCGGUGAAAACACUGAAGCCGGGUACCAUGUCUCCAGAAGCCUUCCUGGAAGAGGCUCAGAUUAUGAAGCGCCUCCGGCAUGACAAGCUGGUGCAGCUGUACGCCGUGGUGUCGGAGGAGCCCAUCUACAUUGUCACCGAGUUCAUGAGCCAAGGGAGUUUGCUGGAUUUUUUGAAAGAUGGGGACGGUCGUUUCCUGAAGUUACCCCAGCUGGUAGACAUGGCAGCCCAGAUUGCCGCUGGAAUGGCGUACAUCGAGCGGAUGAACUACAUCCACCGGGACCUGCGUGCUGCCAACAUCCUAGUGGGCGACAACCUAGUAUGUAAGAUUGCCGACUUUGGCCUGGCCCGCCUCAUUGAGGAUAAUGAAUACACAGCGCGACAAGGUGCCAAAUUCCCCAUCAAGUGGACAGCCCCGGAAGCCGCUCUUUAUGGCAAGUUUACCAUCAAGUCCGAUGUCUGGUCCUUCGGGAUCCUCCUGACAGAGCUUGUGACCAAGGGUCGAGUACCCUACCCAGGCAUGAACAACCGGGAGGUGCUGGAGCAAGUGGAGCGGGGCUACCGCAUGCAGUGCCCCGCCAAUUGCCCUCUCUCGUUGCACGAGCUGAUGGUGCAGUGUUGGAAGAAGGAGCCCGAGGAGCGCCCCACCUUUGAAUACCUCCAGUCAUUUCUCGAAGACUACUUCACCGCCACAGAGCCUCAGUACCAGCCAGGAGACAACCAAUAAUACUUGCCGGGGAUGCCAGCAGGGACUCUUGACCAUGGACAGCCCAUCCACUGGGGUGCUCUGGGACUUGGCCAUCCACAGAAACAAUCCUUUGCCUCUCCAGAGCCGGGUCCAAGGAUCCCUUUUUUGUACCUGUGGGGUUGAACUCCUGUUUCUUUCUCUAUCAUCCCUCCCUUCCCUUUUUUUACAAUUCCACACUGAGAUUUUUUAAAUUGUGAUUUUGUGUGUUUAAGUUCUGCCUCCUCUUAGCUGACUGCCAUGCCUUCCCCCCCCUUUUUUUCUUUUGGAGUUCUUUUGGACAGUGAGCCAGAGGUUAGGGGUAGCAGGGGGAGAAAGUGGGGCUUUGUACAGUAAAUCCUUGCUUAAUAAACAUACCUUCCCCCA